AUGUUUUUCUGGGUUUUGUUUCUUCUUCUCUUCCGCAAGGGUGUUGCCGGUUCUGACGAUGAUUUGAUAUCCUUUGUCACACUUCCCGAAGUUAGAGCACUAAGAUUCGAUGUUGCUUACUAUGAUCGUGAAUCUGUAAGCCCGGGAUACUGGUUCGUCGCGCCAUAUGGCGUGAUUGACCCAGAGGCUCCCACCAAGCAGUGGAAGCCAUGCCAAAUCGGACCGUAUAUCUAUGAUGCAGAUGGGACCCUGAUCUGGGCUGGUUCAUGCAUGUUUGACAAUCGAAAUAUUUUCGAUUUCAAGGCAGUGCACAACAUCGAUGAUCGACCUCAUCUCUCGUUUAUCCUGCAGCAUGCGUAUCACGAUGAUGGCAGUGAAAAGGGACUAGGAUAUGUCCUUGAUGAGCAUUACGAGCCGGAAUAUGCCGUUGGAGUGACGAAUGAUCUUUCAGCAUUCAAUAUGCACGAAUUCAACAUCCUCGACGGCGGAAAGACAGCACUAGCUUGCCUAUACCGGCCGGAAUACAUGGACCUUGGAGAUUUGGGGCGUCCCGAUGAACAUGGCUGGGUCAUGACUGGUGGUUUCGUGGAAUUGGAUGUAGCUACCGGGGCUGUACUCUAUGAAUGGAGCUCGGUCGGCCACAUCCCUAUUCAUGAAUCUGUACAAGUUAAUUCCUGGGAUUCGCCGUCUCGCCAGCCUGGUUGGGAUUACGUCCAUGUCAACGCCGUGGAUAAGAACGCGGCCGGUGACUAUAUACUGUCCGCACGGUUCACAAACACAAUCUACCUCAUUUCCGGACAAGAUGGACACAUUAUCUGGAGGCUUGGGGGCAAAUUUUCAGACUUUGUGCAGGAUUUCACCUUCUCUAAGCAGCACCAUGUCCGGUUUGUCGAGUCAAAUGAAACACAUACAACUAUCUCGUUCUUGAACAACGCUUCUGAUGAAGGCGGACAAGACGAAGAUCAUUCCGCUGCUCUCUUUGUGCAGGUGGAUACCAGUGCAUCCCCCAUGACAGCGCGGCUGCUCGACCGUUACGACCGCCCGGAUGGAGGUCUCACACGGCUCCGUGGUAGCGUUCAGCGCUUGCCAAAUGACAACGUCUUUGUUGGAUGGAGUGAGCGAGGCUACCAAAGCGAGCACUCGCCCGACGGCAAAGUCCUCAUGCAGGCCAGCUUCGCAUCCACUCGCUUUUCCACCUACCGGUCCUACAAGUUUCCCUUUACGGGUCGUCCUCUGACCCCGCCGGACAUAGUCUCGACUGUGUACGGUACGGAUGAGACAGACCUCACGACUAUCUUCCACGUCAGCUGGAACGGAGCAACAGACAUCGCCUCGUGGAAUUUCUACGCCCGCAAGGAGAGGAACGGAAUCCCCGUGUUGGUCGGCAAUACCACCAAGGUCGACUUUGAAACUAUGUACAUCGCUGACGGAUAUCUGGACUGGGUCUCCGUGGAAGCAGUGGAUAAAGACGGGAACGUCCUCGGUACUUCUGCCAUUCAUCGCACCACUACACCAGACAAUUGGCGACUGGCAGGUUUCGAGGGCGAGGAGAAGCCCACUCCUGAUGACCCCUCGCUGCUGUACAGCUCGAAGCUGUCCGAUGAAGACGACGUUGCGGGUUCUUACAGCACGUCCAAGGAAGCAGCCAAAGCCAUAAACCAAGCGUAUGAGCUUAUCCAAGGAGUUGGGGAGCUCCUGAUCUUUGUUUUAAUUGCAUGCUCCAUGAGCGGGCUCAUGGCCGGCAUUUACUUGUUCAUACGGCGACGUCGUAUGCAGGCAUACCACACAGUCCCAUCCGAUGAGGCUCAACCUACGGAGCAUCUUGGGCGGGCCUCAUGA